AGAUGAAGAGAAGCGCCAGUUCCUCCUUUUCUCUGCAAGGCCUGCCUGGUGGUUAACGGCAUUCAUUCAAUGUUAUUGCAAAUCCGACUCACAGAUCUAUUCCCACAUUUCUCCAUCCAGUGUGUUGGUGUAUCUCAUGUGACUUGGCAGAAGUGAACCUUGCAUUUGCAGUGUGCCAGAGCAGGAAUGUGUUUGUCAAGAAUUUUGGCAGGUUUUUUUUCAAAUGCAGCCAAAAUAUCCACUGGGAAAUGUGGUUUUAACGCCCCCUCUCAUACCUCCUCUUGUUUCCUUUCAUUUGCUCCUUUCACAAUUACAGUUCAUUGCUUGGUUGUCUCUGCGCCUUGCGCUCCCUUUCGUUGUAAUUUCUUACUCUUUACUUACUUUAUUUUUUAUUCAAUUGUAUUACAGGCAUCUUCAUUGAUUCAUGCCUUUUGGUGACAUCAGAAAAGUCCCCUGUUUUGUUUUCACUGCAUAUUCACCCUCUGCCCCUGUAUUAAAAUCCUGACAAUUUCAUUUCUAUCAAAACACAUUGGACGAUAUAACAGUGCCAGACACAUGAAUGCUAAUGGAGAAACAUGACACUAUAGGCAUCCUGUGGGGUCAGAUGAGAUACAGAAGCUACUUGGUAUUCCAAUCCAACAUCUCCAAAUCAUGACACACAGGAGAGGGCUGUUGGAAAAUAUGCAAAUGAUGAUAUACCUCAUAUUUCAUGACCUUCUGAAAUUCAUCAGCGAUUGAAAUGAUGAACAGAUUAUGAUGUGUCAGACAAGAGAAAACACAUUUGAAAUGAAAAACAUACCAAGCAUUCUUGUCCAUAUGAAUCAAUAUCUGCAGUCUACAUUAGUCAAACAUAAGCAAGAAACACAUGGACCCACAUAAAAGUAGUUUUCCAACGAUGAGGCAUACUCAAUAAAUUCAAUUGGAGUCCAUCCUUUUCUCACUCAUCCCCCUUCCUCACAAAUGUCCCUCCUGAGGUCCACUUCCAACAACUAUCGUGCGGGAAUAACCGCCUCCACACUGACUCAAGAGUCUGCUGCUCUCCACGUGACUUUUUUCCUCCCUCCCAACUUGGUCUCACGCUGCCUCUCCUCCUGCUUUUUGGCUAUGACCUCUUGUGAUGUCACUGGAAAUGGUCUGUGCAUGAGUGUGGCUGUGGGUGCAUGCGCGUGAGUGUCGAGUGAGAACAAGAGAGACAGAGGCAAAGAAAGGCCCAAGUGUCUGAUUUCCCUUCUGGAUUCAAUGGCUUGCCUACUUUUUAGUUUGAAGAAAAUGUGAGCUGGAGAGAAGAUGGCUGUGUUUGGAGUCUUUUUAAUGUAACAAAUUACAUUCCUCACAUUUCUCUUUUUUAAGGGAAAAUUAAUCUACAGUAUAUACAGUAUGUUGAAUAUGAUGGACUUAAAAUAGUAAUCAACUAAAUGAGAUUCAAGUGUCGACUUACUGAUUUCAUUCAACAAUGUUCUUUUUUUCUUCUUUUUUCAUCAAUUUCAGAGUUCUCUUUUUCUGUGUCAUUUCACGAACCACAUCCUGGCUGUGACCUCAAAGACUGGCAACGGUUAUUUUUUUUUUUCUCUCAAGUGAAUACGCACAGAUCGCUCUUUAGCAGACAUAUUCUUUCAUUCUCAGUACCCCAGUCACAUAGUAGGCUAGACAAUCAAUGAUUACACACAGUCAUGGUAAGUUACUGUCCAAUCUGUGGGAAGCCUGUCUAUUUUGGUGAGAAGAAGAGGUCUUUGGGAAAAGAUUACCACCCACUGUGCCUGAAAUGUCAAAAGUGUAAAAGACAGCUCACCGCUGGACAACAUGCUGAGUAUGAUGAGAAGCCAUAUUGCUCAUACUGCUACAUGAAGAUGUUUGGUCCAAGAGGUAACAGGUGAAGACCAGAAACUGUCUGAAACCAACUGGACUGACCAAACUGAUAUAUUAUCAUUGACUGACGAGGAGAAGAGAAAAAAUAAGAAUUAUGGAAAACACAGUAUUGGUGUAUUUCAUUUAAAA